CGGUUGUCUACCGAUACGGACAGAAACAGUCGGAAAAACCUCUGCGGCCAACUCUCGCUAACCCUAACCCGAUCCAAUUAGGCCUACAAUGCCGGCGGCGAUGGCCGGAGCAGGCGGCAGCGGCGGUCGGGCCCUCGAUUGCCGCAGCUUCUGGAAGGCCGGCGCUUACGAGGCCCCCGCCGCCCCCACCCGCGAGCUCCACGAUGCACUGGAGACGGGGGACUUCGACCGCGCGCGUGUGCACCCCAAGUUCCUCCACACCAACGCAACCUCCCACAAGUGGGCGUUCGGAGCUAUAGCCGAACUUCUUGACAAUGCGGUGGAUGAGAUAUGCAAUGGUGCCACAUUCAUAAAAGUGGACAAAAGCAUCAAUUUGAAAGACAAUAGCCCAAUGCUAAUUUUCCAAGAUGAUGGAGGAGGCAUGGAUCCUGAAGGUGUUCGUCAAUGCAUGAGUCUAGGAUUCUCAACCAAGAAAUCUAAGACCACCAUUGGCCAGUAUGGAAAUGGCUUUAAGACAAGCACAAUGAGACUUGGUGCAGAUGCAAUUGUGUUUACACGUGCAAUCCGUGGAAGCAAUGUUACCUUGAGUAUAGGUUUGCUCUCCUACACUUUUUUGAGGAGAACAAUGAAGGACGACAUUGUUGUCCCAAUGCUCGAUUUUAAAAUCCAAGAUGGGAACAUUGUACCUUUGGUCUAUGGUUCUCAGGGUGAUUGGGACAGUAGCCUGAAGAUAAUACUUGAUUGGUCCCCUUUUUCUUCAAGGGAAGAACUUCUACAACAGUUUCAGGAUGUUGAUAGUCAUGGAACUAAAGUGGCAAUAUACAAUUUAUGGAUGAACGAUGACGGCCUUUUGGAACUUGACUUCGAGGAUGAUGACGAGGACAUAUUGCUUAGAGAUCAAGGUGGUGCAAGUGCAAGUGGGGGAUUCAGAAAGCUCCAGAAAGAAAUGGUUGAGCAACAUAUAUCUCACAGACUCAGAUUUUCAUUGCGAGCGUAUACCUCCAUCCUUUACCUCAGGAAGUUUAAUAAUUUCCAAAUAAUAUUAAGAGGAAAACCUGUUGAACAGAUAAGCAUCAAUGAUGAAUUGAAGUUUAAGAAAGUUGUUACUUACAAACCUCAAGUUGCACAUGAUUCUCAUGUGGUCUCAGUGAAUGUAGAUGUUGGAUUUGCGAAGGAGGCCCCUGUUUUGGGCAUUUUUGGGAUGAAUGUCUACCACAAAAAUCGUCUUAUAAUGCCCUUCUGGAAGGUCCUUCAGGAAGGAUCUAGUAGAGGGAGGAGUGUAGUUGGUGUACUUGAGGCAAAUUUUAUUGAGCCAGCACAUGACAAACAAGAUUUUGAGCGGACUCCACUAUUCAUUCGGCUAGAAACGAAACUUAGACAAAUUAUUGUUGAUUUCUGGAAAGAAAAGUGUCAUUUGAUUGGUUACCAGCCAGUCAAUCCUCAUUUAAGAACCCAAUAUAAGGCCACUCUCAAAGAUUCAGCUGGUCCUGGAACUCGGGUUCAGCAGAAAGCUUCCAGUGCCCGGAACACUGGAGGGCUUUCGUCAAAUUUGCUACCAGAGACAUAUGAUGAUGUAGCAGCUGUCGGGCUGGCAGCUAAUGGUUCUCAUUUACAGUCGUCUGGUCAAGCGCAAGAAAACAGUAUGGAGUCAGAAGGCUUGGAUGAGGAUCUGGUAGAGAUUGGCUCUCACGGUGUUCUUGAUCCCAAUUUUAUUGAGAAGCUGAGUGAAGAAAAUAUUGCUCUGUUUUCAAGGCGUGAAGAGCUUCGACAACGAGAUACACAGUUGAAGCAGAUGAUUGGGGACCUGGAGCAUGAACUUGAGGAAACAAAAAUGAAGUGCUGUCAGCUUGUUGCUGAGCUGAAGGUACGGAAGAAUCAGCAGCAUCUCCCUUACAUGUGAAGGUAUCACUUUUUUCACGAUACCUAAACCUAAAAGGUGUUGCAAUAUAUGAUUAAGUACAGGGGACUAGUUGCCCGUUUUUAUAAUUCAGAAGUGGGAGAUUGCACCAAAGUUCAUGGAGCUCAAAGUUCAUUGUUUUUAUGAUUAUUUUUUUAUCCUCUUCUGGUCUUGCCUAUUUUUCUGCAAUCCAUUUUGUUCAUUUUGAGCAACUUUUUUGAGAUCACAUCAAAUAGUAAACAGUAAUGCCAAUUGUUGUAACUGCAAUUUGAUUGUUUGAAAAGGUGGCCUAUGCUUUGGGCUGGUCUAAGAAAUAGAUGGUUUUUCGGUUUGUUAGUAGGAAGGAAUCGU